AUAAAAUGAAUUACAAGAAAGAAGCUUUAGAGCUACUUGGAUAUGAGUAGGUCGACUGUUUAAUACCAAAAAACUUACUAAAUGACUUUCCAGAUUAUUUUACUGAUGAACAAUAGCCUCCUUUAGCCACAAACUUAUCUGAAAGUAAAUUAGUGGUAUUUCGAUAAUAGUAACUGAAAAUGGGCUGAUUUUUAUGUCUGCUCUUAGUCAAAAUACUACUCCAUAACUUUCUGCUUAAUUAUUCAGGUCUGCUUAAUCAAAGAAUUCGAAAGGAAAAAUUAGAACUUUUUUCCCUUAAAGUAAUUACAAUUUAAUAUCUCUCAAGAAUGGCCUGUAGCUAAAACUAACAUGAGUCCUUUUUCUUUUUCAAGAUAUUCUCAUUUUCAAUCUUUAAUUAUACGAAAUUGGUACUAUUUAGACAAUGGCAAUAAUAUUUAAGGUAUGAAAUUAUAUUAUAAAACUAAAGGACCAUUUUCUUGUGUAGAAAUGGAUAAUUGGUAUAGGAAGAACCUUCUCAAUGCCGAUUUAUUAAUAAGUUAUAAAUCUAGAGACUUAACUUCGUUUGUUAGAGUACAGGAUAUUCUCCAAGAAUCUUAAAACCCGAAAUGCAGCAAAAUUCUAAAAUAAAUGUAUAAAAGAGCAUCAAGUGCAAUAAGAAAUUGUAAAUACUUUAAACAUUUUAGAAUAAAAAAUUUCAAGUGAUUCUCCAAUUAGCAAAGCCUCAACUGAACUCUCUUUAAGCAAUACUAAUAGUUGUUAAAAGUAGAGAUAACCAAUUUGGGGUGUUGAUACAGAAUAUUUGUUAAGUUUUUGAU